AUGGUCGCUGAUUCAGAAACCGUGGCGCGCACAUUCCGCAAGUUCGGCCCCAUUGAGUCAGUGCGUGUGUUCGCGGGCCGCACCUAUGCUUUUGUCAACUUCCACCACGAGGCGCACGCGGCGGCGGCAAAAGCUGCGCUGGAGAUGCAGGUGCUGCCCGAGCUGACAUCAGCAGCGCCGCUGUUGACGCUUCAGGUCCUAGUGCCCCCCGGCGUCAGCAACGACAAGCUGCUGGAGGUGCUGCAGCAGGCUGGCCCUGUCAUCGCCCUGGAGCGCGACAAGGGCACCAGCCAGAGAUAUGGGGCGUGGAGCGAGGUCACGUUCACGCGGCCCGCGGCGCUGCAAGCCAUGAAGGCCCUCGACGGCACACCCCUCGCCUCCGGCAGCCUCGUUUUGAUCGACCGCCUCAACCAGCUGCGGCCCCCCGCGCCGCCGCGGGACGCAGCGCCCACUGCCCCGGCCGCCCGCUACAUCGCCGUCCCCCCCGCCCCCGUCCGCGGCGGCGGCCGCGGAGCAGUCCGUGGGGACGCCCCCGCUGCCCCCGGCGGGGGCCGCGGCCGGGGCGACAAGGGCGGCGCCGCCGCCGCCGCCGGCCGGGGCCGCGGCCGCGGCAGCGGCGGUGAGGGCUGCCAGGUUGUCGCCCUCUACAAGCUGCCGCCGGCGCUGGGGGCGCAGCAGUUGGCCGACAUCCUGCGGCCCGUGGGGUGCGUGGACGAGCUGUAUGUGGACCAGGGAUACAUGGACGACAGGGGCGCCCUCAAAUCGGGCAAGGGCCUGGCGGCGUGCAGCACCCCCGAAGACGCCGCCGCCAUCAUCGAGCGCCUUGACGGCUCGACAGUCAACCUAGGCGGCUACAAGUGCAAGAUAAGGGUCGUGUACUCAGACGUGCCCGGCGCCCAGACCCCGGCCGGUGUGUCGCGCCUCAUCGAGCAGCAGGCCGCGCGCGCGGCCCAAGAGAAGGCAGAGCGCAGGGCCGCGAAGCAGCUGCGCCGCCAGCAGGAGGCGCUCGCGCGUGACACAAACACGGCCGACGGCGGCGCGGCGGCGCUGGGCGUGCCGCAGCCGGCGGCCGCGGCGCGGGGCCGGCUUGAGCAGCAGUGGAGCGGCGACGGCAACGGCGGCGGCGGAGGGGGCCGCGGCCGCGGCCGCGGCUGCGGUGCGCCUGGACCUGAGCCACCGAGCGACCCGAGGCGCGUGAAAGAGAUGGCCCGGUCGAUCGGCACAACGCUGCGGCGCGCCCUGGCCGAGCGCGAGCGCGGCCGCGAGCAGGAGCAAGACGCGGCACCUGGGGACGACGCGGGCAGGCGCGAGGCGGAUGAGGUUGCCUGGGAGACGGGCAAUGGGCAGGGCGAAACGGAGGUGCCUGAUGAGCAGGAGGAAGACGCGGCAGCAAAGGGACAGGCCGCCACCAUGGUCGCGCCACGAGUGGUGGACGUGUGCCGGCCCUGGGACAGUGCGGAGCCAACAGCACAGCAGCGGCAGCCACAGCAGACGCAGGAUCAGCAUCCCCAGCAGAAGGGGCACGAGGGCGAGUGGGAGUGGCGAGCCGCGGCCCCGGCGGCCGAGCGAGCCCCGCCGCAGCCGGACCGGGGUGCUGGCGCUGUUGGCGAUUGCGAGUGGAGGGCCCAUCUGCUGUUGCAGCCGCAAAGACAGCAGAAACCGCCGCAGCCGCACUUGCAGCCCUACGACCAGCUGUACCACCACCACCACCACCAGCAGCAUCACGCGCAGUGGUCCCUCCAGGCGCAGCCUGUGUCGCCGGCCAGCAGUGCCGGCAGCAGCACGUGCAGCACUGCUUCACCAGAGGAGGCGCGGCCACUCCCGGCGGCUGAGGAGUGCACCAACGGCAGCGGCGGCAACAGCGGAGCCCCGCCCAAAGGCGUGGCUCCGCCCCGGAGCCCCACGGACGAGCGCGCCGGCGGAGGCAUCGCCGGCAGCAGCGACGAGCCGGGCGCGCCGCCCGGGUUCGCGCGGCGCAUGGGCUGCGGGUGGGCCGCCAGGGACGCCCUACCGCCUGCGGCGAGGCCCGCCGUGGACGACCUUGAGGUCAAUGAUGCUGGGGCCGAGGCUGUAGCGCAACGGGAUGAGGACGCAACAGCAGGGGCGGAGGCGGAGGCGCAGGAGGAUGUGGCAGGCGAUCGGGGGACCGACCAAGAGGCGGGUUCAGGUGCUGUGGCGCCGCCGCCGCCGGCGCAGGCGGAGGCGGGCAGGGACGCCAUGCCGGGCGCAAGCAGCGGCGAGGUCGCGGCUGUGCUGCGGGGCGCGCUGCUCGCCGCCAGAUCGGACGCGGCGGCCGGGCGGCUGCUGGCCGCGCGGCUGGGCAGCAACUCCCUGCUGCUCGGCUUCGAGGACGCCUCUGCGGCGGCGGAGGGCGGCGCGGGCGGCGCCCCUGCCACCAACAACAACGUCCACGUGACGGGCACGGGCGCCAUCCGGCCGCGCGGGUGGCGGGGCGCCAUACGCCAGCUGAGGUUCCCCGUGUUCCUGCCAGUCUGCGCGACCUGCGGCUUCAGGGGCCAUGUCGCACGCGCCUGCCAGGUUCCGUCGUGCCCAGCGUGUGCCGCCGCCGGGCGCCCCGCAUUCGGCCACGACGCCGCGUCUUGCGGCGGCGCGUGCCGGCGGUGCGGCGUGGCGGCGGAGCACGGCGAGCAGGAGUGCCCUCUCGGGCAGUGCGACGCGUGUGGCAAGGUGGGGCACUACGCAUCAGAGUGCCUCCAAGCGCCCAGGAACCACACGGCUUCAGAGACUGCUGCCGGAUGCGCAGAGGGCGCCGCGCCCGCAGCCGCAACCGCCGCUGAGCAUGGCGCCGGCCCCACGGCAGCCUACGCUGAUUGCAGCACUGGCGCGGCAGGGACCCCGCCGGCAGCAGGCGCGCAGCUGCUCGCCUCAAUUCCCAUCCCAGUGCCCGUGGCGGCGCCGCCAGCUGUGACGACGGCACAGGUGGCGUCUGAUCAGGCGCCGCUGGCGGCGCCGGUGGGCGGGGCUGCUGAUGAGGGUGGCGCGUCGCUGGCACCAGGUUGUGAGCGGCUUCUGCCAACAGAGGGGGCCAGGGCAAGCGGCGCGGUGCGUGAAGCUGCAGAGACCAAGGACGGGACAGUGGCUGGUGAACUUGAGCAGCAGCAGGAGAAGCAGCAACAGCAGAAGCACGCAGACCGGCAGCAAGUUGAGCUGCUGCAGCAGAAGGAAGAGCCGCAGCGCCAGGAGCAGCAGCAGGAGCAACAAGUCGAGCUGCGGCGGCAGGAGGAGCAGCAAGCUGAGCUGCAGCAGCAAGCCGAGCUGCAGCAGCAGGAGCAGCAAGCUGAGCUGCAGCAGCAAGCCGAGCUGCAGCAGCAGGAGCAGCAUGCUGAGCUGCAGCAGCAAGGCGAGCUGCAGGAGGAGGAGCAGCAGACUGAGCUGCAGCAGCAAGCUGAGCUGCAGCAGCAGGAGAAGCUGCAGCAGCAAGCCGAGCUGCAGCAGCCCAUGGAGCUGCAGCAGCUGCACGAGCAGAGUAACCAGGACCAGCAGCACCAGGAGCACCAGCAUCAGCAGGAGGAUGAGGAGGAAGGAGAGGGCAAGCAGCGCGUGGCGUGCAUCAGAGCAGUGAGCCCGGGAGCGCAUUCAGGUGCCACUCAGAGCACGACGCAUGGCCAAGGGCUGUCGCAGCACCAGGAGGACGCGGCCAGGGGCAGCGAUGGGCCGGCGGCAGCUGAGGUGGAAGCGGCCGCCACGCCGGCUUCGGCCAGCUGA